AUCCGAUGCUGGGCGGGUUUGAUGGAUGGGCUGUUUUGUGGUGAAAUUGGUCCUUUUCUCGGCAGAUGGCGAAACAAUGCGCCCAAUGGAUCAAUUCACUGUAUGUAUGUACGGUUCCUCUCGCUCGCUUGGUCUGGCAGUGGAACUCAAGAUUCCGGCAUCUCAUCCGGGCUUGCUUUGCUUUGCGUUGCUUCGUCUGCAUCAGAAUCAUCAAAUAACAAGGUGUAGCAUAAUAUGGAGCAAUCAGGGCUGUUUCGGAAGUAUGGAGUCUUUUUCAUGCUUCAUUCACUCUACAACACAUCAUUCUCACAAUCUUAGUCAUUCAGUCAAUCAAUCAAUCGUCAGUCAGUCAGUCAGUGCUGUUGGUUGGCAUGUGCUAACUUUUUCACACUUGCAUUCGAAUCUAUGUCCAUCUCGAUCGAUCGCCUCUAAGAACCAACGCUUAGAGUGAUUCCUCCGUCCUUGGUACCUGGCCUGAUGCCUUGGACUACGUGGCAGUCUCUGUACUCUCUACUCUGGACAUAUCAAAACCCUGUACCUGUCUGUGCCUGGCUAUCAUGCCUGACCCUGGGAAGGAAAACUUCUCUUUUGAUCGGCGGGCUCGGGCCGGAGGUUGCGUUGCGCCGCGAAUGGAUGAGAUGCGCUGUGUGUGUGUUAUGCUGACUGUGUUGUGUUGUGUUGCUUGUGUUGCCGGAAACUCACCUCUUUCUAUGUGACGUCGGCCCGCGCCAAUCCAGGUUCGACCCUUGCUUGUUUGCUUGCUUGUUUGGUUCAAGGGACAUGAUAAUCGUCACAUCGAAAACCUUGGUCCUUGAUCUUGGUUGUUUCGGCCUGCUCCGGUAGGUGUGUCAAUUCCAUGUACCCAUCUGGAUGGAGCCUGUGUAAGUCGAAUUGAAGUGAGGGAUAACAGCUUUAGCUCUUACAAAGAAAAUGCAAGGUUACAGAGUAUCCAUCGUGGCUUUGCAUUACUUUGCUCUGCUUUAGAGCACCCACAAUGGGCUUUGGUACUGCCAAAGCACGGCAUUUGCACAACUGUCGAUGUUGACCAGUAUCAUCUCAAUGUCUUGAGCAAUUUGUUUUUGCUUUUUAUUCCAAGCGUCUCAGCCAAUCACGCUCUCAGAAAGUCCCGGGUAUCAUCUCGGCAUUCUUUGUCUCUGCGGCUCUUCAGCAUGUUUAUGAUCAGUCGUCAUGGCAGGGUAGGCUAGGCUGAUGUUUUAGAAACAACACAAUAGUCUCUGUAUCCUUUUCUGCUCUCUUCACAUUCCAGGACCAAGUCAGCGAGCCACUUCCAAUCAAAGUCUCACCAAGAGAAAAGAAAAAUUUUAUCUUGUUCUUGUUCAACGGCUUCCGGUUCGUCGCUUGGUCCGGGUCCCUGUCGUGUCAGCGGUUGAGGCGUGACAAAGGCAGGGCGGCUGUGAUACGUGAGCAUCCAUGUCAGUCGUUGUGCAACGCGAUACACAUGCCUCUGGCCAAAAGAGGAUAUCGUACUGAAGUCACCAAAGAGAGGAUGAAUCAGCCUCUAUCCGUGUAAGCAAGGGAGUUCUCAACAGCUCGUCAACGCGACAUCAGACUAUACCAACACCCUUCCUUAUCCCUCAUCUUCAUCCCUGAGCUGUCUCCCAAGGUAAACUCCCUUUGUUCUGUAUCUGAAGCCAGGAUCAGGAAACAUUCAGGUACCUCUGGUGUGGUUACACCACGUGGGAUCAUGCCCACCAUCAGCAACUGCGGCUCAAAGGCCGAAUGGACAUCUCACUCACUCGUCCAAUGCCAAUGCCUGUGCCAUUGACUACAACCACAGCCAUCUCCGACAUGCUGCAACUCUGUUGAUGCCUUGUUUUUCAUGCUGCUAUGAUUUGAUCCGUCGGCUAUUCCAACGUCAAUUUGAUAGGCUGUUACGUUGACACAUACGUCCCCGUUUCAGAUUGGGGGAUCAUCGUUUAUGCCGAGCGAGCGGCAUUUCACUUCACUUACAAGCUUCCACGUACCUCACUCAGGCUCCAACGCCAACUUUCUGACGACAUUCUCCCCCCCCCCUCUCUCUCUCUGCACCGUCCAAUAACGGAAGAUCAGGCUAUUAUAGAGACCAAUUGCCUUGCUGAGACUACAGAGCAGGGUCUUGUUGUGCAAUGCAAAACUUGGCAAUGGUGUUGCAUCAGGAAAGGCGCCAUGUCAAUGCCAUACAGCCGAGGAUGAGUAUCAAAGGCAAAUUUGGAUCCCUACGACUACAUACGGCUAUCUCGCCUAUGGGGGAAUACACGGACGGACAGGUUUCUCCCACAUCUGUCUGAGACCUGAAGGAUGAAGGGGUGCGACCAUUUACACCCGUGGCGCCCUUUGGGCAGCCGUGUCUCUGAAAUACACACAGAGACCAUGUUCUACCGCGUUCGCGACUCCAAGCCAUGAAUUCCUCUGCACAUGUUUUGCUACUGCGUAGGUGGAGGCGGUGUCUUGUUGCCCACCAAGCCGGAGCAUAGGACGUCAGCCCAGAACGCCUGUCUCGUACGGUCCAGCACGGCCGUAUUGACUAUUCCAUGCUUUUAUGGCGUCUUUUCGUGCUUCUUAUUCCAGUUUCCAAACUUUCAGCUAGACAAGGCGUGGCCCCCACCGCCUAUGCUGGGCUGUGUGCUUAUGUCUUACACAGAUACAAACGUUUUCUAUCACAGUGUUGUUGCUUUUUACGGAGCUUGGUAUCUUUAGAAGGAGCACCGAAACAUGUUAUAGCCUAUCAAUACCCGGUCCCCAGCUGUGUUGAUCUAUGACAAGCCCUUACAAGCUUAGUAGAAACGAAUGGUUGUUACAAAAGUGCUACAAGAUUGAAUGGCGAGACGCCGUGUGUUAGCAGAUCAUGUUGCACUUAUGCGGUACUUGGGGUAUACGUGAUUCAGGAUCUCAAUCAGAGAUUGAUAAUAUAUUGUGCUAUAUGACCAUGAUCAAGGCCAUAGCUCCCAGGCACUGGGCACUGGCAAGAUAUCGUUGCCUCCGGAUAUGUGUAUGCUCGCCUCGGUUGCCAAAAGUUGAUAGAUCCGUCUCACGAUCCUCCCUCUAGGAACAAGCCAGGUGCAUGAGGCUGGCUCAAACGAUCCUGGAAUGGCUGAGCUAUGAUCUGUUAUCUUUGUGUUCAUCACAUCGAGAUUCUGGAACUCCGAGAAACUUUGUGAAAUACGAGCUUAGGCCAGGGGUUGAAAAAGAAAGUAAGCAGGGCAACAUGUCUAACAAUGCCUGGAUCUUGGCCCUCUAUUGUUGGUAGUUGCGCUCUUCCUUUCAUUUUUUUUUUUCACGUUCAAUAACGCCUUGUCUCCAAGCCAUCAUGCCGCGCACCACCUCAUGUAUGUGUGUAUAUGUACUGUAUGUAUGUAGGCAGGUCCCGCUCCUUGUCUCGAAGUUGUGCAACCCGAGCCGGCAGAGAGACAAGACAUGCCAUUAACUGGGGAGAAA